AUGCGUAGCAAGUUUAAGGACGAGCACCCCUUCGAGAAGCGCAAGGCCGAGGCCGAACGCAUUCGCCAGAAAUAUGCGGAUCGCAUUCCUGUCAUCUGUGAGAAGGUCGAGAAGAGUGACAUCGCUACGAUCGAUAAGAAAAAGUACCUCGUACCUUCCGACCUCACCGUCGGCCAGUUCGUGUACGUGAUCCGGAAGCGGAUCAAGCUCUCCCCGGAGAAGGCCAUCUUCAUCUUCGUCGACGAGGUCCUGCCGCCCACCGCCGCGCUCAUGAGCAGCAUCUACGAGGAACACAAGGAUGAAGACGGGUUUCUUUACAUCACAUACUCGGGCGAGAACACCUUCGGAAACUUCGAAACUGCCUGA